ACUUGGCUUGCAUUUCGCCGGUCAGUAGUGUGUUCAGCAUCAGUGCACGUCACUUCAUUAGACGCGAUAAAUCUCGACGUACAUUCAAUAAAUAAUAAACAAAAUGAGUACCAAGGAAAAUAACGAAGUUGUGGUCGACAGCAUCGACAGCGAAAAGGAUGCGAAGUGCGAAAUUAAGGGCACCAAGCGGGCGGCAGAAGACAAAACCGAUGAUGUGAAAAAGCAGAGGAAAGAAGAAAACGGCGCUGGCUCCGACCACGAAGAAUUAGUGGAGGAGGAAGAGGAGGGCGCAGACUGUGAAGAAGAUGUGGAGGAAGAAGACAUCCCCGAAGGUGAUGAUGAUGAACUCGACGGUGAAGAUGAUGACGAAGAUGUUGAGGGCGAAGAAGGCGUGGACGAAGACGACGACGACGCAUAAUAGAAUAAGACUAGACGACAAAUAAUUAACAACACAAAGCAAGAAACAGCCAAGAAAUAUUAUAAAUAAUUGUAACAACAAAUAUUAAUUGAGACAUCCAACAAAUAACAAGGCAAGCAAACAAAACAAAAGGUGGUGAAAGUGUGGAACUAUCUAAAGUGUAAUACGAGCCAAUGCGCGCAACUAGUCGCCGCUCGCAGCGGGGCGGUGGGCGCCAUCGCCCGCCCCCACGAGAGACGACACUCCACGCAUCGGCUCGUGCGUUAUCAUAGUUAACCGCGCGGACUCUAACUUAUUAACUACUACUACGUAUCUCUUUGGUUUGUAAAAAUGUCCAUUUUAUGUAAAAAUAGGUAUAAAUUAGAUUAAGUUUU